AUGCCUAACAAAAUCCAAGACAUACACACUGUCAAUACGAACUCCUUCCCCUACGUCUUCGAGCAGAAUGCCACUGUCACACUGAAGUCCUCGGAUGGCUUGGUGCGUGUCAAUGUCUACAGGCCAAAGACAGAUGAGAAGGUACCAGUCUUGGUGACAUAUGGACCUUAUGGCAAGGACAUUCCAUACUCAGACUUCCACCCCAAAUCCUUCAGCGAAGUCAACCCCCAACAAAAGUCCGAGCACUCGGCAUGGGAGACCCCAGACCCAGCCUACUGGACUUCUCAAGGCUACGCCGUGGUCCGCGCAGAUGAGCGCGGUACGGGUCAAAGUCCCGGCUUCCUGGACACAAUGUCUAAGGGGACUUCUGAAGCUUUCUUCGAAGUGGUAGAAUGGUGUGCCGAGCAAUCUUGGUCGUCUGGUAAAGUCGGUCUUCUGGGAAUCUCGUACUAUGCUGGAACCCAGUGGCGUGUGGCUGCGAGACAACCGAAGGGUCUAUCUUGUAUCAUACCCUGGGAGGGCAUGAGUGAUUACUACCGUGAUCGGUGUCGACAUGGUGGGAUCCUGAGUGAUGCGUUCAUUAAGUUUUGGUGGAAUAGACAGGUUGUGAGUAAUCAUUAUGGGCGGCCAGGCAGGAAGGCGGCGAACUGGGGACCGGACACGAUCGAGGGUGAUCUGAGCGAGGAAGAGCGUGCGAAGAACCGCCAGAAUCAAACCAUCGACAACGAGAAGAGCCGCUUCCGAGACGAGGACUACUACGCCAGCAAAGAAUUCGACCUUGCUGACAUCAAAGUCCCACUCCUCUCCGUGGCGAACUGGGGCGGCAUUCUCCUGCAUCUACGUGGUAACGUUCAAGGCUACCUCAACGCUGGCAGUGACUUGAAGUACCUCCGCUUCAUCACCGGCCGCCACGACCUCCCCUUCUACUACGAAGAAGAAGUCGCCCUCCAAAAGUCCUUCCUCGACGCCUUCCUCAAAAACGACGACCGCGUAGGCUGGUCUCAAAAAGGCAAACUCCCACCCAUCAAUCUCGUCCUCCGCAAAGGAGAUGUAGGCUUCAACAACGCCCAAGCAGAAAAAGGCUACCCACGCCGCACCGAGAACGAAUGGCCCAUCGCCCGAACACAAUACACCCGCUACCACCUCAACCCCAACCAAACCCUCUCACCCACCCCACCAACCCCCACCAACCCCGCAAACCUCUCCUACAAAGCCCUCGGCACCCUCGACUCCCCUCAAACCGUCCAAUUCACAACAGCCCCUUUCACCUCCGAGACCGAAAUCACCGGCCACAUCACCGCUCACCUCUCCAUCUCCUGCUCACCUACGUCCCCUGACUCCUCACCACGGUUCGACAUCGACAUCUUCCUAACGCUCCGCCACAUCUCACCUCAAGGCAAUGAGGUCUUCUACACCGGCACAGCCGGCGAUCCAGUACCUUUGACGAAAGGAUGGUUACGUGCUAGUCUUCGCAAGGUCGAUGAGACGGACCCUCGUCAUAAGGAAUACUUGCCGCAUCGGGAGUAUAGGAGUAGUGAUGUGCAGGAGGUGAAGAGCGAUGUGGUGUAUGAGGUUGAUGUGGAAGUGUGGCCGACGAAUGUGAUCGUCGAGGAAGGGGGGAAAUUGGUCUUUGAGGUGGCAAGUGGAGAUAUGCAGGGGAGUGGGAUCUUCCAGCAUGGCAGUGCUGUGGAUAGGAGUGAGGAGGUUUUUGCGGGUGUUAACAACUUGCACUUUGGAGGUGGACAUGAGAAUUAG